AUGGAACUUCACAGGACAGGUCCAAAAAAGAAAAAGAAGUCAGGUGGCACAAAGAAAGAAAGGAAAGCUGAAAAACUGAGAUUACAGCAAGAAGAGGAAGAAAGGAAGCAGCAAGAGGAAGAGGAAGCCCAGUUGCAAGCUCAAGAAGAAGCAGCAAGGCUUGAAAAGGAGAGAAUUUUACAGGAGCGCAUGGCACAGCUUGAGGCUAAAGAUCAAGAACGAAGGGAGUCUGAACUAGCAGAACUUCAUUCAUUGGAACACAAGUUUUUGUCUGCAGAGCAGUGGAAAACAAAUUCUAGAGCAAAUGCAAAGUGGGAGCAUUACCUGAGUUGUGAUGGAAGUCCUGACCCAGCUGUAGUGCAGGAAGUCAACACUUUCAUAAGCUUAUGGCGUGAUGAUCAAAAUAAGGACAUUCAGCUUGUGAUGGAGAAGGGAGAAGAGGUGCUCAAUUUAAUUGAGAAGUUGCAGUUUCUUCUCUUGGACACACCACCAAGUGAGAUAACAGAAAAAGAAGCACUGCAGUACCAGGAGUGUAUUCUAGCAUUGCAGACUCUGCUUCAUCAGAAGUACAAUGGAGCAACAGAAGAGCUGCUGAAGAAUGCUAAUAUGUACAAAGAUUCUGCAACUGGAAAUAUGCAGGCAGUCAUAAAGGAUAAAAAUGUUACUUUCUGUCUCUGGGCCAAUCUGACAAAGUACAUGAGGACCAAAACUCAGAUGUUUGGUGGUGCACAGCAUGGAUUUGAGCUGCCCAGGUCCCUGGCUCGGGGCAGCGUAGCUGUUAGGAUACUGCACACUCACUAUGAUCAUGUAUCUCCACUCUGGCUGUGGUGCCACAGCCUGCCAGAACUGCCAAGCUCAGAGAACAAAGACUUAACUCAGCUUGCAAAUGAUAAAGUAGAAGAAACAGAAGAAGAGGAAAAGAAAGCCAGAGAAGAGCCCAGCAUGCCUGCUGAGGAAGGAAAGUGUUCUGAAGGGAGAAAGAGCCUGCUCUCCUUCAAAGAGAUCAGCAACAGCACAGCUGAAAUAAAGGAGUCAGAGGAGGAAACUGAGAAGAAAUCAGAAACCUUGGACAUACUUUCAGAAGUUCAGGAUCCACCAAUGCAUGAAGAGAAGAAGGAAGAAGAGGUGGUGACAGCUGAUGACAUUUGCAUUGUUGAUCUGCAGCAGUUUUUCCCUGUGGGUGGUGUGUACCAUAUUGAUGCUCUGCAGCUUCCACCUCAGGUCAAAGAAGUCAAGGGCUGGACUAUGGUGAAGGUUCUUGAUGAUGGAUUGGAGGCAUACCCAUAUCCCCCUGCAGAGGCUGAAGAUACCACACACCCACCCAUACAGAUAACCCUCAAGCUUCCUGACCACGUGGUGUAUUUUGUGGAUCCUGUGGUAGCACGAUGGGAUCCUGUGGGUCAGCAGUGGAGAACUGAUGGCAUCAGUAAUGUGGUGUAUGAAAGCCAGGAGAAGAGAAUCACCUUCCAGCUGGGCACCUUUUCUGCAGUAGCCCUUCUCCAGGAGGCUCAUCUCAACAUGCCCUACCAGGCAUGGGAACUGCGACCUACUGGUGUGGAUGAAGCACUGCUUGUAGUUACUACAGGCUUUGCAACCAUCCAGAUACAAAUUAAGGAUAAUCAGUGUAUGUUGUCUUCAGUAGUGAUGGAAGAGAAGGAUUUGCUUUCCCAUAUCACAGGAAAAUGGCUGAGUCCAGUUGUCCUGAGAGCAGUUCUGAAGAAAGCUGGUGUGAAUAUUUUCCCAGGAGAGCUUUCUCACAACUAUGUCUGUGUGAAGAAGGCUCCCCUAGCAGAGCUCGGGGCCUAUCAGCAGAUGGCACUGCUUGCACCUGCCUUUGCUUUUGCCUGGAGCAAGUGGAACCUAGAAGCAAGCCCAGAGCAAGUUGUGUUCAAGGUAAGUGAGCAUCUUAAACCAGAUUCUGUCCAAGCCUGGUCUCUCUACCUGUUUAAUGGUCACAGAGCACAAAAGCUCAAGAUCACUGAAAGCAGUGAAGUUUUUUCAGAAGAGCUGGAAGAAGAUUCUGAAUUUCACUCCACGCUGUACCACAUGCUUAAGGACUUUGCUAGCAAAGAAGCAAUGGAGAAAGUAGAAAGAGCCAGCUUCCUGUUUAUUGAUGGUGUGUACCAGCUCCUCCUUGCUACAAGAGUUUUAACAUACUCUUAA